GUAUUACUUGGUAUUACUUUUCUCUAUGCCCGCAUCCAUCACGAAUGUUUUUCUAUAAAAUAUUUAUUUCUAUGCAUAACAGAUGUUUUCGUUAUAACUAGAUUGUACCAAGAUUAUACCUCAAUAAUACGAAGAAUCUUCAAUUCUAAGAACAAAUACUUCGACUACGAAAAUGACUGAGGCAGAGAUCACUAAAGAAGGCCUAGAUAAAAAUCUUGAAGAUAUAGAAAUACAAGAAGUCUUGCGAAAUGGUACUGAUCUUCGAGAAUAUGCUCUUCAAAUCGACAAGGGAAUAAAAGAAGCCGAAAAAGCAUCAAUUGCAGAUUAUUUGAAAGAAAGUGAGAAUAUUGGCUCACUACAUUCUCAAAUAGAAGAAUGUGAUAAUAUUCUGGAACGUAUGGAAAGCAUGCUGAUGGUAUUCCAGAAUGACUUAGGUAGCAUCAGCAAUGAGAUAAUUAGUUUGCAAAAGCGUUCCGUCAACAUGUCUGUGCAAUUGUCUAACAGACAAGUUCUUAAAGGACCACUGUCUUCAUUCAUAGAAGACAUGGCUGUAUCGGAGACACUCAUAUUUGGGAUCAAUAAUGUGCCCGUAACAGACAAAGAAUUCAUGGUACAACUUGCUAUAUUGAACCAAAAGCUCAACUUUGUCAAAGAACAGGACUUCAAAGAAACUAAAGCAUGUCAUGAUGUUAAAGAUGUCUUGGAAAAAUUAAAGAUAAAGUCCGUAUCAAAAAUAAGAACCUACAUUCUAGAACAAAUAUACAAGUUUCGUAAACCGAUGGGUAACUACCAAAUGCCACAGAAUGCCAUGCUGAAAUAUAAAUUUUUCUUUGAGUUUGUACUUACAAAUGAAAGAAAUGUUGCUCAAGAGAUAUGCAAUGAGUACAUUGAUACAUUGAGCAAAGUGUACUACUCGUAUUUUAAAUCCUAUGCAUCAAGACUGGAUAAGUUAAAGUAUGAAGAAGCUCCUACCAAAGAAGACCUCAUGGGGAUAGAAGAUGGAUCUAAAGGGGGUUUUUUCCAGAAAUCUAAUCUCAAAAAUAAAAGCACGAUCUUUACCAUUGGCAAUCGAGGUGAUGUAUUAGCACAGCAACUUGAAGCUCCAAUUAUAGUUCCUCAUGCACAGCAAAAAAUCAAAUAUUCAUAUGAGGCAUUAUUUAGAAGUCUCCAAUAUGCCCUUGUUGAUAACGGUUGCCGGGAGUACCUUUUCACAACCGAAUUCUUUCAUGUGAAAGGCAGCCAUGCACAAGAACUCUUUGACAGAAUUCUUGGAAAAACAUUGUCUUUACUUGUGAAAAAUGUGGAAAAUUAUGUUUUAGAAUGCUAUGACUGCUUGGCAUUGUUUUUAUGCAUCCAACUCAUAAAUCGAUAUAGAUGGAUGUGUCAUAAACGGGCUGUUGGUGCUCUUGACAGUUACUGGGAUUCCUUGCAUGGUGCCCUGUGGCCUAGAUUGGAAUAUGUUUUAAAAUUGAAUAUUCAAAGUGUAAGGGAAUGUGAUCCAGCAAAAUUAUCUAAUAAGGAAAUGGGCCCACAUUAUAUAACCCGUCGAUAUGCAGAAUUUUCAGCUGCCAUGUUGAGCCUGAGUGAGCAAUUUCCUUCUGAAGAACUUAGCAAUCUACUGUUAGUUUUACAGGAUGAAGUGCACUGUUUCUUACUAAAAAUGGCUGCAGAAUUUCCACAAAGAAUACAACAACUAAUAUUUUUGAUAAAUAAUUAUGACAUGGUGUUAAGCAUAUUAAUGGAAAGAACACGAGACAACACUAAAGAGGCUGAGAGUUUUAGGGAACAACUUCAGUCCCGAAGCACAGAAUAUGUAGAAGAAAUAUUGAGUCCACAUUUUGGGGGAAUGAUGCAAUUUGUUAAAGAAGGCGAACAAUUACUAGAAGGCGAUAACAAAACUCAACUCGCAAGUUUGGAAAGAAAAUCUUUGCCUUUGGUGGCAUCGUUUAGCGCAGGAUGGAAACAAAGCCUAGAACAAAUACACAGAGAAGUAUUAGUGUCGUUCCCUAAUUUAGUCACAGGAUCUGGACUAUUACAAAUGGCGUUGACUAAUUUUGUCCAAUACUAUCACAAGUUUGUUAAAUUACUCACACCUAACGCCAGAACACAGUUAGUCAAUAUUCAUGUAAUUAUGGUAGAAAUAAAAAAAUAUAAAACAAAUUAUUAAAAUAAAAGAAAAAUUGCUAGCUUAUGCUUCAUGCAAGUAUGGUAUUUAUUUUGAUUGAUAUGAUAAAAUUAUGUCGAAUAUGUAAUUUAAAGUACUUAUUAAGUUAUAUUAAGAUGUUUAAUUAAGUGAAGAAAUAGAAAUAAAAACCGCAUAUUUAA